AUGGGAAACUCAACAAAGUUUAUUGAAUCAAUAACCAUAAAUAGUGAUGGAGAACUUGUCAGAAAAAGGAUAAGAGUUGUUGAAAAUAUAACAAAAAACAAUGUGGAUGAUGAUAAUAUUAUUAGCACAAACAAUAAAAGUAUUUUUUAUGAAAAUGAAGAAGAUUUUGAAAAUUUUCAAAAAACAAUAUACAAUAAAGAACAAGAACAACUACAACAACAAUUAACACCAACUGAAUAUACAUCAAAAUUAAAAAAUUUAAAUUUUGAAAAAUCAUUACAAAUUCAAAAUCUAAAAAGUAUCAUUAAACAAUCAGAAAAACAAUUAAAUUCAUAUAAAACUAUUUUUAAUAAUAAUUCAUUAGAACCAAUUUCAAAGGUUACAGAUUUAGAAAAGCUAUUAUUUGACUUUUUUGAAAUAAAUAAAAGGACCAAUAUUAUUAAUAAUAAUAAUUUUAAUAAUAGUACAAAUAAUAGUAACAUAUCUUUUUAUUAUAAAAAUGGAAUCGUUUUAAAUAAAAAUGGAAAUAAAGAAUUGGUAGAUAUGGAUUCUUCAGUUAAUUAUAAUAGUUCUAGAAUGCCAACGUAUCUUGCAGAUAGAAGUGGAUUAGUUUCACCAAUUACCGAUAUAGAUUUAGGUAUUUAUCCUGAAGGUGAUAAAAGGAUUAAUAUUUUAUGUUUCAAUUGCUCAAAAUUUGGUCACUCACAUUACGAUUGUCCAUAUGCAUAUAACCGUGAAAUAAUUCAACAAAAUAAAAGAGAUUUUAAUAAUAGACCCAUUGAACAAAGAUAUUUUGAAACUAUUGAAAGACAAUUAAAAAAUGAAAAAAUAAGAAACUCAAUAAAACAGCAACAACAACCACAACCACAACAACAACCUCAACCACAAAAACAACAACAACCACAACCACAACAACAACAACAACAACAACAACAGCAACAGAAACAACAACAAAGGCCACAGCAGCAACAAAUGGAAAAUGAAAAAGAACCUUAUUCAUUUAAAUUUAAAAACUUAAAAUAUAACAAUUGUAAUAAUAAUAAUAAUAAUAAUAAUAAUAAUAAUAAUAAUAAUAAUAGUAAUAAUAAUAAUAAUAAUAAUAAUAAUAAUAAUAAUAAUAAUAAUAAUAAUAAUAUCAAUAUUAAUAAUAAUCAAUUUAAAGAAGAUUAUAUUGAAUUUCCAAAGAAUCUUUUGGAUCAAUUUGAAAGUGUUGAAGAGGAAGAGAUACUCCCUUCAAUUUAUGAUCCAGACUUUUUUACAAAACCUAUAAAUACUAAAUAUCCAGAUUAUAUCGAUUCAAUUUAUGUUAGUAGUGAAAGAAAAGUGGAAAGAAAUUCAAAUAAAUAUAAUAAUGAUUUUAAAAAUAAAUUCAACAAUAAUUAUAAAAAUAAUAAUAAUAAUAAAAAUAAUAACUAUAGUAAUAAUAAUAAUUAUAAUUAUAAUUAUAAUUAUAAUUAUAAUUAUAAUUAUAAUGUAAAAAGGAAAAAUGAAAGCACUUACUCUUACAAAAAUACUAAAAGUGGAAGCAAUAGUAGUCGUAGUAGAGAUAGAGAUAGAGAAUAUAAUAGUUAUUCAACAGAUAAUUAUAAAAGUUAUGAAAAUAGUUAUAAUAAUAAUAAUAAUAAUAAUAAUUAUAAACACUACGGUUAUAGUCAAAAUAAUAAUAGAAGUAAAUCAUAUCUUGGAUUUCUUUAA